AUGCUUCACAAAAGAUCUCUCAUCCAAUUAAUCCGAUCAAACUCGAAUUCUUCGCAACAUGUUCUCUCAAAGUUGGUAAUGCCUAUGUCCAAAACCUCUGUGGUUAGCAAUUCAUUGAUCAAAAUGGACAAGAGAUUAUUUAUUGUCUCGGCUUUUCAUACCAAUUUAAAGUCAUCGGAACAACAAAAUCCACAACAACCAACAUCUACGGAUCGGAACAAGAAUUUAUUUAUCUACGAAGAAGAGAAAGAUUUAGAAAAAGAAGUCGUUCCCACAGAAGUUUUUAAAGAUGAGAAGGAGCGUAUUAUGGAUGAAGAACGAGUCAAUAUUCCAUUACUAGUUAAGUUUUGGAAAAUGUAUUUCGUUCGCUAUGCUGUAAUCUCUACUUUGAUUUUUGGAGUAAUUUAUAUUGUUUGGGAAGUCACAAGCUGGCUCAGCUCUAUUACCUUCAAGAAUGUAGCAACAGUAUCUUUCUAUUUCGGAUUUUUGAGUGCCCUCAUGUGUUGUGGAGUUACAUGGCUUGCUAUUCUUGCUUUUAGUAUCCAUCCUUCAACUGUGUACAGAGCCGCCAUCAAAAAGGUAUUGUCCAAUAAAACAGUUAGAGACCACAUGGUUACACCUUUAACUCCAGGUAAAUUCAGAGCAUAUAGUUAUACCUACCCUGAUUUCAAUAAUGCUCAUGAUGUUCCUUUUACCAGAAGAUUAAAAUUUUGGAAACCAAAACGUAUGCAACUUUGUUUCCAACUUGUGGAUGCCAACAAAAAAACAGCCAUGAUCUCAUGUGACGUGUCUAGAAAGGAUGGAAUUAUUAAUUUAUUAAGAAAUAGAUUUACAUUCCACUCAUUGAUAGUAGACAUUCCAGACAGUGAAGAUAGAUUGUUUUUGAGAGGCACAGACCAAGAUGCUGUCUAUGAGAAUGCAAGUGAUAUGAAAUUAAAUUAA